UGGGGCAGUUGGCGCGGCGGCGGCGGAGCGGCAGGAGGGCAGGAGCGGCGGCGCCGAGUGAGGCGCGCGGCGGGGCGCGGGCAGCGGCGGGGCCGGAGCAACAUGGCGCCGGGGGGCGGGGGCGGGCGGCGGGACGGCUGGCCGGCCCGAGGGCGCCUCCUCCUGGCCGCGCUGCUGCUGCUGCUAUGGACGCGGGCGGCCAGCGGCCAGAGCAGCCCCCAGCAGAGCGUGAUCCUAGGCAUGAGGCUGGCGAGCUGCAACAAGUCGUGCGGGAUGAACCCGGAUGGCAUCAUCUUCGUGUCCGAGGGCAGCACGGUGAACUUGAGGCUCUACGGCCACAGACUGGGCGAGAUCUCUAGCAACCUGAUCUCCUUCACCGAGGUGGACGACGCCGAGACGGUCCACAACUCCACCAACUGCCUGGAGCUCACCAAGGACUUAGUGGUCCAGCGGCUGGUCAACGUGAGCCGCGGGAACACGUCGGGGAUGCUAGUGGUGAUUACCAAGUUCCUGCGGAGGAGUGAGAACAUGAAGCUGUACGCGCUGUGCACCCGGACCCGGGCCGACGGGCCCUGGCUCAAAUGGACGGACAAGGACUCCCUGCUCUUCAUGGUGGAGGAGCAUGGGAGGUUUCUGCCGCUCUGGCUGCACAUCCUUCUUGUUUUGGUGCUGUUGGUGCUGUCGGGCAUCUUUUCUGGCCUCAACUUGGGGCUUAUGGCCCUGGACCCGAUGGAGUUGCGCAUCGUGCAGAACUGUGGAACUGAGAAGGAGAGAAGGUACGCUCGCAAGAUAGAGCCCAUCAGGCGCAAGGGCAACUACCUGCUCUGCUCGCUGCUCCUGGGGAAUGUGCUAGUCAACACCUCCCUCACCAUCCUUCUAGACAACCUCAUCGGUUCUGGCAUCAUGGCAGUGGCCUCCUCCACCAUUGGCAUUGUCAUCUUUGGGGAGAUCUUACCUCAAGCCCUGUGCUCCAGGCAUGGGCUGGCUGUGGGUGCCAACACUAUUGUUCUCACCAAAAUCUUUAUGUUACUCACUUUCCCCCUGAGUUUCCCCAUUAGCAAACUCCUGGACUUCGUCUUGGGUCAGGAGAUUCGCACUGUUUACAAUCGGGAGAAACUGAUGGAGAUGUUGAAGGUGACAGAGCCCUAUAAUGACCUGGUGAAGGAGGAGUUAAACAUGAUCCAGGGUGCUCUGGAACUAAGGACCAAAACUGUGGAGGAUAUCAUGACCCAGCUACACGACUGCUUCAUGAUCCGCAGUGAUGCCAUUCUGGACUUCAACACCAUGUCGGAGAUUAUGGAGAGUGGCUAUACUCGCAUUCCUGUGUUUGAAGAUGAGCAGUCCAAUAUCGUAGAUAUCCUUUACGUCAAAGACCUGGCUUUUGUUGACCCAGAUGACUGCACCCCGCUCAAGACGAUCACUCGCUUCUACAACCACCCGGUCCAUUUUGUUUUUCAUGACACCAAGCUGGAUGCCAUGCUGGAGGAAUUCAAGAAGGGCAAGUCCCACCUGGCCAUCGUGCAGAAGGUGAACAAUGAGGGCGAGGGCGACCCCUUCUACGAGGUGCUGGGCCUGGUCACCCUGGAGGACGUCAUCGAGGAGAUCAUCAAGUCUGAGAUCCUGGAUGAGUCGGACACGUACACUGACAAUCGAACCCGGAAACGGGUGUCCAUGAAGAACAAGCGUGACUUCUCUGCCUUCAAGGAUGCUGACAAUGAACUCAAAGUGAAAAUCUCACCUCAGCUUCUUCUGGCCGCUCACCGCUUCCUGGCCACAGAGGUGCCGCAGUUCAGUCCCUCCCUGAUGUCAGAGAAGAUCCUGCUCCGGCUGCUCAAGUACCCUGACGUCAUUCAGGAGCUCAGGUUCGACGAGCACAACAAGCACUGCACCCGCCACUACCUGUACACCCGGAACAAGCCAGCCGACUGCUUCAUUCUCAUCCUGCAGGGGAAGGUGGAGGUGGAAGCAGGCAAGGAGAACAUGAAGUUUGAGACCGGUGCCUUCUCGUACUAUGGGACCAUGGCUCUGUCCCUGGCGCCCCCAGCGCCUCCUGUGCAGGCUGGGUGCUCAACAGGCAAACUGAACUCCCUGCUCUCCCGGCUCGCAGACCGGUCCCCAGCCCACCCAACUCCACUCAGCCGUUCAGCCUCCCUCAGUUACCCGGACCGCAACACAGACAUGACACCCUCCUCCCUGGCAGGCAGCAACCAGUUUGGCAGCUGCAUUCUGGGCCAGUAUGUCUCUGACUUCAGUGUGCGGGCGCUCACAGACCUGCAGUACAUUAAGGUCACAAGACAGCAGUACCAGAACGGGCUGCUGGCCUCCCGCAUGGACAACAGCCCCCAGCUCACCUUGGAUGGCUGUGCCACCUGCACAGAGAACUUAUCCGAGAGGCCUGAGCUGCCCGUGGUGGACGAGACGACGACUCUUCUCAAUGAACGCAACUUGUUGCUGCACAGAGCCUCCCAAGAGGGCACCAUCUGACAGGAGGGCCCGGGGACUCCCGCCCACCCUGCGGGGUCUCCCCAGUGGGCCCACAUGAAGUCAGGGAGCCUAUUAGGCUAGAAGGGGUGCAGGUAGAUAUCCUGCAUGACUGAGCAACCAGACGUCCCUGCCCAGGGGCUCUGGCUGCAGAUGGGGACCUCUGAACAGCUCUGACGUGAAACCUACCCAGUCCAGCUAGUGAGCAAAGGCUGUGGGGUUUUGUUUUUUAAAACACUGAGAGAAGUUUUAAGCUAGGCGCAUUGCUCCUCUUUUUAAAUAUCAUUUUGGGAAGGGAAGACAGGGUUAAGGAACUUUAUGUAAAAAAACAAAAUUUUUUUUCAAGAAGCCCCACAAACUGUAAAAGGGGAGGAGGGCUCCUCACUCCAGGAAGCAAUAGCCAUAACCUGUUUCCAGCAGAGACCUUGCAGCCUGUGCCUGUUGCUCCAGGAGGCGCUCUUCUGCAGCAGUGGGGGCCUGGAGCCCACUGGAGGGGAUUCCUGGGAGGAAGCAGGGAUCCAGGUCAUAACAUCGACUGCCGGGACACACGAGCAGAAGUCAUAGAGAAGUGCUGGGCAACGGAUCAGGGACACGGUGACCCCAGCAUCAGAGAGGGAUACAUCUGCUCUUAUCAACUGCCGGAUCCAGUGAUCUCCUAGAACCCUGCCCAGGGCCUCUCUUGGUGAGGCGGGACUCGGCCGAGAACCAGACCUGGCUCUCAUCUACCUACCACUUUGGACAGUUCUCCCCUGGAAGGGUCUGGCCCCAAGAGUUAGGCGUGGUCUUUGGCUCUGCAGUUGCUUAUCUGCUUCCUGGCUCUGGUUUCACUCUUACCAAAGGUUUCCUCUCAGAGGGGAGAGCAUCAACAUUAGAGGUGACUUAUUGGGCACUCCUGGUAGUCUCAGGCUAUCUGAUAAUAGGUAGAUCUGUGUCAGCAGUCAUUCCUACCCAACCACCUGCUGGAAGAGUCAGGGCUCAGUAGUCCGCCCAGGAAGGUCUCUUUCCUGACUCCCCAUUCUUAUCUAUCCUGGUCCUUCUGGGGACUGGAAGCCCCCCAAGCUCAGUCAUUGUGUCCUUGCCUGUGUAGUGGGCAGAGGACCACCUGAGCUCUGAGCUCUUUUCCACUUAAGGACCCCAAGAAAGGAGGGUUCCCUAAGGACAAGCAGCAGAUGGCCUGGUUCUCUCUGCCUGAGGCCUGUGCUGGUGAGAGGUAUUUGAUGAGCAUAGGCUGAAGCUCUUGGUACUGCAGGGCAAUCCACACCAUGUGAAAUCCUACCCCAGUUCCACCUGGGAAACCUGAGUGCAAUCAGUCCAUGGGACUGAGCUGCACACUUCUAUUGUAGGGAGACUGUAUGACCAAGGGCCACAUCUACCUUUUGUUGGGACAAAUGGAGCUGCAGUAUAAGAGCCAGGCCAGCGGGAGCACGGGCGAGUGGGAGCACAGGCCAUCUGUGUUUGUUCACUUCAUUCCUCAGCCAGCGGAGUCCUGUCACACCAGGUACUCUGCUGUCUGUGUACCCAGAGAAUCCUAACUCCUAGGAUGAUGCACCAAGGUGUCCUGUACCCCUGGCCAAUCUGAAGUCUCCUCCACUCACAAAAUUUACUCUGAGAAGCCUGGAGAUGGCGGCUUUCAACGAUAAGGGAAAAAGACAUCAGACCUCUCGUUCCUUAAGAAACUCUUAGUUCUCUGUAGGUGCGGCAUGCUCCUGAGUCUGUAGAUGAGGUGCCUAGCUGUGUUACUGUGAGACCUAAGUGCCAGGUAGAGCAAAACCCUGUGGUGGGUGUGAGGCAAACGUAGCAGGUGCACACACUUCCACAGCUACCUCUCUGCAUACACAGUCACCGACAGCCGGGCCCCGCCCCUCCCCUCCUCACUUAGAAUCACUUCUUGCAGAGGGUCAUAAUUAUUUCCAAAUAUUACUGUUCUGAUGACUUCCUCCUCCUAGUGCAAUUUUUCACUUCUUCCAACCUCUGGUUCCUGGGCAGAGCCAUACCCUGGAACUGGCCUGGUCUGCGUGUCUUCCCAGCAGGGGAGGACUCCACAGACGGCGUCCAAGUGGGUAGGCAAGUCACAGCCGCCAUAGCAGAUGACUCCUAUUUAUUUUGCAUUAAGAUUUUAAUUUGUAUAUUUUUGUGAUUUAUUUUGGCAUUGUUAUGAGUUUGACUCUCGGGGAGUUUUGUUGUUAUGACUCUUGUGUCUUUUGUCACAAAACAAUGAUAAUAUUUGCUAAACAAUAUAUGGAAUUUAUUUUUGAUUGGUAAUAAAAAAUGAAAUGCACAUA